AUGGCAUAUUUUCUCUUUCCUGCAACAGCGGCACCCAAAAGCCUUCGCCCGCGAAAUUGUUAUGGAACAAUUUACACGGACAUAGUUCGCGCAUCCUCCGAUGCCAUCGACGCCUUGACGAUUUAUCGCCGUCUCAUAUUUUCCAAGGAUGCACGUGUCGAUAAUGCUGGGUUCACCGCGUUUGACGCACAUGUCGGUGACACCUCCUGCCAGCUGCGAGCCGGAAUGCUCCUCGACAUGACCAAGAAGCAUAGGCACUGGGCCUCAAGCAGCAGUGACAAAGAAGCGUCCUGGCUCGACAAAUACAUCGAACGACUCACCAGCGUGCGUGACGGCGCACGGAAGAUGCUGGCCAAGCUCACAAUUGAGCGCGUUCACCCCGAGAAACUGAGGAUUGGUGCGAAGAAAGAUAGUCCGGACGGGUUACUCCGCCACUUGGGAUGGGAUGAACAGGAAAUAUUGAGUUCCAUUAGGGCUAUCUAUCCCAAAUCCCAGGUGAAAAAACCACGGGUUCACGACGGCUGUCUAAACGGCUGGGAUUUGAUCAAGUGGCACCAGGAGCAGCUGGUCGCUAUCUGCCAGGAGAAUGGCUUGUGGCAGAUUUUCGACGAUCUAGCAGUACUGCACAGCUCUAUUGCUCGCCAAGAAAACAAGAACGCGGUGUUUGUGGAUGAUUACGACGUCAGGCCGACAGCGGAGAGUGUCCCACCGUCAGGUGCAUCCAUAGCAUCGUCCAACGAAGGAGUGGAUGGGAUUGAGUGGAAUCCGCUAGACGCAUGGACGAUGGUUCGAUUCCUCACCUACUGUUUUGUUCUUUCCAAGUACAAGAGCUUCCGUCGGUUCCAGCACGUCGUGGGGGCGCGCAUCGACCCUGAAGCAGCGAUCAAGGCAGGUGACGAAAUGGUGCGCGAUGUGUGGGACUAUAAUCUCCACGACUACAAGUACUCCCGAGCCACUCGCCGAAUCGAGCUGGAGUUUGGAAUCUUGCAGAGCUGGGUAUCGAAAUUGAGUUCUGCAUGGUUGUAUGAUAUUGCAAAGACAUCGGCAGCCUCUCCUAGAAUUGAUAGUUUGAUGAUGCGUACCAUCCGGACCUCUUCAAUCAACCUAACAUGCAUCCCGACAUAUGUCGGCUAUUUGGCCAUGAGAGAACUAUGGGGGCGAGACGGCGACCCUUUAAUUCUGGUCGACCGGCAUUUCUGUGACAGCGGUUACCACUCCAACUUUUUCCUCGCCACGCUCGGGCUCGAAGACACGAAUGUGACGGACCAAGAUGGAUUUCCACCACAGCGUCUACCCCUCAAGCACAAAGUGACAUGGAAAAUUGAGAGAAUCAGCAAGGACUGGCUCCAACACCAUGAAGACCAACACCUUCCGCACGUCAUCAUCAUGGGAAACAGCAUAGAGGGCUCCUAUGACGAUUACAUGGUGGCGUCAAGCACUCGCCAGCGACACGAGAAGGACGACUGCGACGACAACGAAGCACACAUAGCCAAAUUCUUGGAUCACGAUCAUGAUAGACUAACACUAGCCUUUUUUGCGAGACAUAGGCAUUAUACGUUUGAUCUGUACAGUUCGAAAACUGGUACCAACGUCGCUGAUGAGCGGGAAGAGGUCGCAGAGCAGAUGGAACGGGUCUUCCCUGGGUUAGCAGAGCAGUGGAGUAUUUCUGAUCAAGAAGCAGACGCGAUGGGUACUGCAGGCGAGUCAUUGCACAUGUUUGCUUGGCAGCAUGCGUUCACGGAGACCAAGGGCCGGAUUGCAGAAUUGGUUUCUACGGCGAAGGACACGCUGCCGAUUUCGCCUCCGUUGGGAAAGAUUCACUGA